AAAAAGAGUGAUUACUUUUCUUUCCUCAUUUUUGGAAGCCCUGCCUAUCACAUAGCUGCACUGGACAUCCUGGUUCCUUGAUGGAUGAAGAAAGCCAAUUGAUCGAGCCCCAAGACCAGAGCUGCUGGGCCACUCUGCCCGAUGUGUGCCUGCGUCGUGUUUUCUGGUGGCUGGGAGACAGAGACAGGUCCAGGGCGGCUCUCGUCUGCAGAAAAUGGAACCAGAUGAUGUAUUCGGCUGACCUCUGGCGAUACAGGACCAUCACAUUCAGUGGGAGACCUUCCAGGGUACAUGCAUCUGAAUUCGAGUCAGCUCUUUGGUACGUUAAGAAAUUUGGUCGUUAUCUGGAGCACCUGGAGAUCAAAUUCAUGAAUCCUUACAAUGCUCUCUUGACCAAGAAGUUCCAGGUCACCAUGCGAGGCCUUCUCUCAUGUCUCGGCAAGAGUAACAGCCGUCUGAAAUCUCUUUCCAUUCAGCACCUGGAGCUGGAUCGCCUGGUCUGGAGGCACAGCAUCAAGAGCUCUUUCAUCAAAAGCUUGACCUUCUUCUUAAAGAAAAUGGGCAAACACCUGGAUUAUCUCAACCUGAAAGGGGCCAGGGUGACUGUGGAGCAAGGCUGUCAUGUUCUAAACUCUCUGAGCUACUUAAGGAAUGAGAGUAUGGCAUCAGAGCUCAACAUAGAGGACUUCUUCAGCCACCACCUCGCCGUCUACAGCAGCUCCGAGUUCAACAAGACCAUGUCCACGUUCCGCAACCUUGUGUCCCUGACCCUCAACUACAACUGCAUCUCUGACGAGCUACUUGAGGACUUGUGUGAGAAUAAUUCCAGUACCCUCCGGACUAUAAACAUCAAAUGCCACGUUCAUGACCCCCACGGGCAGGUCAUCUGGGGCAUGUCUUGGGCCAAGCUAGCCAGGCACACCACCAACUUGAAGGUGAACUUCUUCUUUGAGCGAGUCAUGAAGUACGAGCGCUUGGUUCGGAUUCUCUUGCAGGAGAUCCCAAUCAGGAGCAUCAGUCUGAGAAGCUGCUAUUUCAGUGACCCAGACUGGUCCAUGCGACCCACUCUGCUGGAUCUCCUGCCCACAUUCCGGCACACUCUACAGAAAUUAACUUUUGAGUUCAACAACAACCACGAGUCCCUCGACGAGGAGCUGCACCUCCUUAUCUUAUCCUGCAGGAAGUUGUUUUACUUCAAAAUCUGGGCUUUCCUCGAUGUUAACUUUGUGGAGCGGAUCCUGAAGAGUCAGGAAGAAGGACAGUGUGCCCUGCGCACACUCAAGGUGAGAAUUUAUACAAACAGAUAUGAGACGAAUGAAGAGGACAGGACACUGAGGGAAAUUUACCGGAGGUUCAGAAAGCUGAUCAACUCAGAGCUUAACUAUUUUGUCAUCGCCUACCCCAUGAUGUAAUGAGCACUCUCCAGAGGAAGAAGCUAGGAGCACUUUGAAGUUGAAGACCUGGUUCUCGCAGACGGACACUUGGGGCAUCCCCUCCCCCCACUCCUUUUUCUUCUCUCUCUCCUUUUUUGCCACUUCCACGCCAAUACGAACGCCCCAGCAAAAGCUGGGGCUGCUGGUAAUACGAAGGCCUCAGGAGACUUUAAAGUGCUAUAUUUACCAACUAUCCAGGGGUGAUUUCUCGUUUUGUCCUUCGGUUUUGAUUUUUGACACCCUUACUCGGCCACAGAGCUAAAAGCUCAGAGCCACUCAGAGCCGUUUCUUGCCCUGCUAACCUGUGUACCUGAAAAGGUAUAACUAACCAGAGCAAAUAGAACCAUGUUUUCUACUCACUGACAUGAUCAGUUCAGAAAUGUUUUUUAUCUUGGCUGGCCUUCCUGUCAGAGCCUCCUGAUACUGAUAUUGGCCGGGUCUGAUUUCAGAUGAAUGGAAACCUACCAGCAUGUCCUCCAACAAAGCAGGGAAAUUCUCAGUUCUUAGAAGGAGCCUGUUCAGAGCCAGAACUCUCUCCUACGGAAGGACCUCAGCACCUAAUAUAUCAGUGUUGUGGACUCAGAUCUCCAGCAUCUGCUUUUCUUGUGUCUCCUUCAUGUUCCCAUCCAGGCAGCACGGUGCCCAGUCCUCAGGUGUGGGGCAGAACGGAAAGUAGCCGUUACACUCACAUUUAUGAAGCAUUUGUGAUGUCAUGGGGAAAUGUUCUUAAUGCAAUGUUAAGUGAAAAAAAAGCAGGACACAAGAUUGUAUAUUUAGUGUGAUGUCAAUCAUCUAAAACACAUAAAGAGUUUUUUUUUGAAAGCAUAGACGAGAUACACCAAAUAUGUUAACAGUUAUCUCUGGGCAGUGGAAUUGUGGGUGGUUUUAAUUUUCCUUUUUGCGC